AUGGCCCAAUUAAUCAGGAAAUUGGGGAGCGUUGCCCUCCUUUACUUUAGCCUAAUGCCCCUCCGACCAGUGUUCGCACUCAACACCCCAGAGAAAAAAGAGCAGUUCCGGCAGAUGAAAGAGUUCGCUCUCUGGAAUGGAACUGUGUUCACUACCGCUGGGAAUGACGACUAUACGUGCUCUGCGUCUAAACCAUGCAAAUUGGGAUGUUGCGGUUCUGUAGACAAAACUACAGGAAAAGGCGUUUGCGGUCUUGGGCCUGAUUUUUGUGGCGACGGCUGCAUCUCAACUUGCAAUGAGAAGUCGGAAUGCGAUCCUGGCUGGGGAGCAGAAUGGUCGCUUGCGUCAAACUGUCCCCUCAACGUGUGUUGCAGCCGCUUUGGUUUCUGUGGGACGACAGUAGACUUUUGCGAAGGCAAAAUUGUGUCUUCGCCGCAAUGCCCUGGAGGUAAGAGUGCGGAUAAAAGACUGAUUGGGUAUUACGAGGGAUGGAAUUUGCAAAGGCCCUGUGGAACCAUGAAGCCUAGCGAGAUCCCACUUGGCUGGUACACACAUAUCAACUUUGCUUUCGCCUUGGUCAACCCAAAGACAUUCCGAAUCGACCCCAUGGAUGCGAAAACUGCAUCGCUGUACACGGAGGUAACUGGGCUGAAAAGACGCCAGCCGGGGCUGGAAGUUUGGAUUGCUAUUGGGGGUUGGGCAAUGAAUGACCCAGGCCCGUAUCGAACUGCUUUCUCAGACAUGGCAAAGUCUGAGGCAAAUCAAGACGCCUUUUUCGAAUCUUUAAUCAGUUUCAUGCAGAGAAACAACUUCGAUGGCGUUGAUAUCGAUUGGGAAUACCCCGUUGCAGAUGACCGCGGCGGCAUUCCAGAGGACUUCGACAACGUGGUGACUAUGUUAAGGCGACUUCGGCAGCGACUCAAUGAGACGGGAAGAAAAUAUGGGUUGACUAUUACACUGCCCGCGUCGUACUGGUACCUUCGGGGGUUCAACCUUGUCGAAAUGGAACCUCAUCUAGAUUGGUUCAACAUCAUGACCUAUGAUAUCCACGGCGUUUGGGACAGGAAUGUGACUUCCAUUGGACCCUACGCCUACGCGCAUACCAAUCUGACCGAAAUCCAAAUGGGUUUGGAACUCCUAUGGCGCAAUAAUAUAAACCCUGGUCGUGUGGUUAUGGGCUUGGGCUUUUAUGGGCGCAGCUUCACCAUGAAAGAUCCCAACUGCUUAGACCCCGGAUGCGAAUUCUCCGACGGUGCCCGCGGCGGUGAAUGUACUGGCACACCAGGUGUACUUUCUGCGGCGGAGAUCGUAGAGAUUAUCAAAAACGGUGCAAAUGUGCGAACUGAUGAGACGGCGGCCGUAAACAUUGUAACGUGGGACACCAACCAAUGGGUUAGCUGGGAUAAUGCGCAUACCUUGAAGAAAAAGGUGGAAUACGCGAAUGCGCGUUGCUUAGGGGGGACGAUGGUUUGGGCAAUUGACCUAGACGACGGCACGCUGUUGGAUGCAUUAGGUUCAGGACUUUCUAGGCCUAAAGACCCGGUUACCGGCGAACUUCGAAACGUAAUAUACGACUUCGAAACAGUGUGGCCGGAAGAGAAGCCGGCGUAA